AUGAAGGAAUUCCUUCACCUGGGAGACCUGCAGAACUUCUUGGCUUUGAAUUUUGCUUCAGGACCAGGUCACGGGGAGGCAGAGACGAGGGAAUGUAUUUACUACAACGCCAACUGGGAGCUGGAGAAGACCAACCAGAGCGGCGUGGAGCGCUGCGAGGGGGAGAAGGACAAGCGGCUCCACUGCUACGCCUCCUGGAGAAACAACUCGGGAUCCAUCGAGCUGGUGAAGAAAGGCUGCUGGUUAGAUGACUUCAACUGUUAUGACAGGCAGGAGUGCGUAGCUACAGAAGAAAACCCUCAAGUGUUUUUCUGCUGCUGCGAGGGCAACUACUGCAAUGAGAAAUUUACCCACUUGCCUGAAGUAACCGGCCCAGAAGUCAUAUAUGAGCCACCACCACCAACGCCCUCCCUGCUUAACAUCCUGGUGUACUCUCUGCUGCCCAUUGCUGUCCUGUCAGUGGCCAUCCUCUUGGCCUUCUGGAUGUAUCGGCACCGCAAGCCUCCCUACGGGCACGUUGACAUCAAUGAGGACCCCGGCCCACCACCUCCUUCUCCCCUGGUUGGCCUAAAACCUCUACAGCUCCUGGAGAUCAAAGCCAGGGGACGCUUCGGCUGCGUGUGGAAGGCUCAGCUGAUGAAUGACUACGUAGCAGUGAAAAUCUUCCCAAUUCAGGAUAAGCAAUCUUGGCAGAGUGAGAGGGAGAUUUUCAAUACUCCUGGCAUGAAGCAUGAAAACCUUUUGCAAUUUAUCGCAGCAGAGAAAAGAGGGACAAACCUAGAGACAGAGCUCUGGCUGAUCACAGCGUUCCACGACAAGGGCUCUCUCACGGAUUAUCUGAAGGGCAAUAUCAUCAGCUGGAACGAGCUCUGCCAUGUUGCAGAAACCAUGGCCCGUGGCUUGUCUUAUCUCCAUGAGGACGUCCCGUGGUGCAAGGGUGAAGGACACAAACCUGCUAUAGCACACAGGGACUUCAAGAGUAAAAACGUCUUGCUGAAGAACGACUUAACGGCAGUGCUAGCUGAUUUUGGCCUUGCUGUACGGUUUGAACCUGGAAAACCUCCAGGGGACACUCAUGGACAGGUGGGAACAAGGAGGUAUAUGGCUCCUGAAGUGUUAGAGGGAGCAAUCAACUUCCAACGGGACGCUUUCCUGAGAAUAGACAUGUAUGCAAUGGGACUGGUAUUAUGGGAGUUAGUCUCCAGAUGUAGAGCAGUUGAUGGUCCAGUGGAUGAAUACAUGCUGCCUUUUGAAGAAGAAAUAGGUCAGCACCCAUCCCUCGAGGACCUGCAAGAAGUGGUCGUUCACAAGAAGAUGCGCCCCAUCUUCAAGGAUCAUUGGCUGAAACACCCUGGCUUGGCGCAGCUCUGCGUGACCAUCGAAGAGUGCUGGGACCACGACGCAGAGGCUCGGCUCUCGGCAGGCUGCGUCGAGGAGCGCAUUGCUCAGAUCCGCAAAUCCGUCAACGGCACUACCUCGGACUGCCUCGUCUCCAUCGUGACGUCCGUCACCAACGUGGACUUGCCGCCCAAAGAGUCCAGUAUCUAAGUCCUGGUUCGCUUUUGUCUUUCCAGACUCAGUGGAUUUGAAAAAAGUUUAAAAAAAAAAAAAAAAAAAAAAAAAAAAAAAAGAAAACACACGAAGAAAGAAAAAAAAAAUACCAUAAAAAUCCAACAAACACGUGAAUGCAGCUGCUAUUUUAUCUUGACUUUUUAUUAUUAUUGUUAUUAUUAUUAUUAUUAUUAUUUUUGGAUUGGAUCAAUUUUACCAGCACAUUGCUCUACUGUAUUAACAAAUGGACAUUUCAGCAAGCAUUCAGGUGCCGACUAAUGAAUGCAGAAAAGGUGCAGGUACCUCAGAACCUCAACAAACUCACUUCAGUUGUUUUGUUGUUGUUGUUGUUUUUUAAAUUGAGUUUUCUGGGUUUCUCUUUAUCAGUCUGUCUUCUGAGCAGAACAUCUGUGACAUAAAGGAAAACCACCUAUCAUCUUAGAAAACGCAAUGCUGCAAACUUUGGAGGAAACUUAAGACUGUUACAUAAGAUUACACCUUCCUCAAAAGGAUUUUUUCCCCAUUUUGUUUCGUUCCUGGGUUCUGUUCCGUGUUGGGUUAUUUUAUUUGGAAGUGAGCUUCAAAAAAAAAAAAAAAAAAAAAAAAAAAAAAAAAAAAAAAAACAAACACAGCAGAUGUGUCUUUUACGGAUCUAACGGGUGUCAUUGUAACAUGGAAAAAAGUAACCGGGCGGCGAAUGUUAAUUCUUGGUGGUAGAAUUGAAGGGGGGAGCGUAGAAUGGGGGUGGGGAGAGCGACGUUGGACUUGG